GCCUAUGUAUUUAAGCCUGACUGCCUCUGAGUUAUAUCUCUUUUCUUUCUGCAGUUCACCUCUAUUAUUGUGCAAUCCAAUCCUCCUCCUCCUUCUUUUGACCCAAAAAACACUUCGGUUACAAUUUCAGUUUCAGUCCUUUUUAAAAUCGUCUGUACUUUUCUGCUGUUUUGUUGCUCUGGUUUUGAACCUGGAUUCUUCCGUUUUCAUCAUUCUUCCUUAAAAAAGAACCUCAAAAAAGAUCAUUCCCAGCAUGUAAUUCAGACUUUUCAAUCCAAUCCCACAAAACCCAUUUCUCAAAAAACCCAAUUUUUUUUUUAACUUUGAUUGCUUUUUGUAUGAAAAACUAGAGCUAUCCUUUUAGUGGGUACACUGGAUUUCUUCGUUUCUUCUAUCCCUUAGCAAAAAAAUUAUAAAAAACCUUCAAAUUAUGUAACUUUUUAUCCUUCCGAAACCAAAUUCCCAACCCAAGAAACCCCAAAAAAAAAAAAAAAAAUUAGGUAAUUUUCAGUAUGUACUAUCCAUAGCCAAAUUGUCGCCCCCCACUCUGGCCACUAUCAAAAUUCUCGUGUAGAAAAAAAGUUAUAAAAAUCUUCAAAUUAUGUAACUCCGAGCUUCUCAUUCCCAGAACCCAAUUCUAAAAAAUCCCCAAAAAAAAAAAAAUAUAUAUAUUGUAUUUUAUCCUUUUUCUUUACCUUGGUUUUGGUUGCUAGAAAUGGCGGAAUCUGAGCCGGUGACGCCAUCGGCUUCGGCGCCGGCGACGCCGGGAACGCCACUGCCUCUGUUUUCAGAGCCGAGAGUGGAUUCGCUGUCGUAUGAGCGUAAGUCAAUGCCGCGAACCAAGUGCUUGCCUGUGAUAGCUCCGACGUGGGGUCAAUCUCCCAACUGCUUCAACGAGUUCCCUACUCCAACUGUCUCCCUCAGCCGCAAGGUAGGAGCUGAGUUCGUAGGAACCUUCAUCUUGAUGUUUGCAGCAAGUGCUGGACCAAUCGUGAACCAAAAGUACAACGGAGCGGAGUCCUUGAUCGGAAAUGCAGCAUGCGCAGGGCUUGGUGUGAUGAUUGUGAUUCUCUCCACAGGCCACAUUUCUGGUGCACAUCUAAACCCAUCUCUCACCAUCGCGUUUGCCGCCCUGCGACAUUUCCCAUGGCUUCAUGUCCCUGCCUACAUCGCAGCUCAGGUUUUGGGCUCCAUUUGCGCCUCGUUUACUCUCAAAGGGGUUUUACAUCCGUACAUGUCUGGCGGAGUCACGGUGCCUACUGUGAGCACUGGCCAGGCUUUUGGACUUGAGUUCAUCAUCACUUUUAAUCUCUUGUUUGUUGUCACUGCUGUUGCAACUGACACUCGAGCGUUGGGAGAGUUGGCUGGUUUAGCAGUUGGGGCUUGUGUCAUGCUAAACAUUCUUAUGGCAGGGCCAUCUAGUGGUGGUUCAAUGAACCCGGUGCGUACUCUCGGCCCUGCUAUCGCUGCCGGAAACUACACCAAGUUGUGGAUAUACCUGGUGGCUCCUACCCUUGGAGCUGUCGCCGGGGCAGGUACCUAUACAGCUGUGAAGCUUCGAGAAGAUGAGGUGGAUGCACCUGUGCGCAUGGCCAGGAGCUUCCGUCGCUAGUGCAAUACUAAGGCAAGCAUAUUUAGAACAAUAAUCUCUUGUCAAAUAGCUUUUCGUGUUAUGUUACUCAGCUGUUAAUAUUUAUAAUAUAAAUUAACAGUAUGAUAAUGUAACAUGUGAAGGGAAUGACAGAAGAAUAUUACCCGAGUAUGCUUAGUCCUUUUCAUGAUUUGUAUGAUAUGAUGUGAUGUGAAAGCUUAAGAUAAAGUUUUAUAAGGAAUAAAGGGGAGGGCGGGAGAUAUAUGUAAGAUGUGACGGAAAGUCUUCGCGCCUUGGCCCAUUGGCUUUUCACUGUGAAGUAGUGUGUGCUUGGUUGGUAUUGGCCAUCAACUCUCAGAGGGUCGGUGUCCGAUCGGACGCUCCUGCGAGAAGACAUUGGAUUGGCUCUGUUUGUUUGCUUUAUUUUUCUGGGUUUGCAAAGUGACUUUAUGUAAACAACUGCACUAUAUAUGAUGCAUGGUUUGAUGAAUAAAAACUUAAUGUGUGUAAUAUAGUGCACUCUGAUGCAUUGUUUGAUUUGGUAUAUUAAUUAUCGAUAAAUAAUUAAAAU